CCUCAAUUCCUCAACACCCCUGGUAAAUGUUUGGACUACAAGGGCAUCUUUGUGCGUGACUGAACAUCAGCUUCUCAAAUCGCUUCUGAUCUCUAAUAACCCUUUGCAGACUAGUUUGCUUUAGGGCACACGUUAACAGUAACGCUACACGAUAAACUGUGAAUUAAUGGCAAUCUGUAAACAGGUAGACAGAUUGCCAUUAAUUCGAGUGCCAGCUCCAGAUUUUAUUACCGUCAUAAAGUAAACAACGCAAAGUACACAGUGCUGUAAGUCAACCUGGUACCACUACCAGAGUAGUCUUCUGGCUAAAGCUAGCACAGCUAAUAGCUACAUAUCAGUCCCAUGUUUAACUGGCAAUACCAGUUGCAUUAGUGCGAACACAGUUAACACUAGUUAACAGUUACUUAGCUCGACGGAAUAUCUGUAACACGAGCAGACAAAUAUUUUAUCCUGCCACUUUAAAAGCAAAACUUUUUUUUCUAUCCUACCGAGCGCACAUGAUGAUAAAGUUACCACUCAUCACAGCCUAUGUUAUGGGCUGUGGUCGCUGGCCGAGAGCCGGGUGCCCACAGCAACACUGCUAGUUAGCACGCUAACGCUAGCAUGCAGCUAACAGGUCGACUCCGAGUAAGACUAUGUAUAAGAACACGAAGCCGCUAUCUACAUGGCUAAGAGGCUUACAUAAUACUCGGAAUUCACUCUGAAGCCUGGGGACCUAAGCAGGCCUGAGGGUUCUGACAUAUACCAAAUCCCUGCCCAGGGGAACAGGGGAGAUUAAAAACUUCAGAUUGAGGAGGAGAGGAAAAACACAUAGAGAGAAAGGGAGCGAGAGACAAAGAAAAAAGCUUAUCGUUCACCUUUGUUCUUCCUAAUGCCCCAAGUGAAGGAUCUCCACAGGCACGUCUGUGAAUAACAGCAGACACGAGAGCAGCUGCCCAUCACUGUGGUCAGAUGAUGGAAUAAAGGAGUGAAAGAGGAGAAGAGAACAGGAUUACAUUCUGUGAAAAAGCCAAGCUGAUAUUCUACACUAAUUGAAUGCCUGGGAGACAGGAAAGACAUGAGAGGAAGCCUUUUCUGUGCCAGCUGCUUCAAGAGAUGUGUGCUCAGGCCGUGGUCAUGCUUCAUUCCCCGGUGUGUAGACCGGAUCGGACCGGCUGUCAACGAAACAGCCUGAUUCUACCUCUGCUGCUGCUGCUGCUGCUUCUCCACAGCUCCCUCAAGGCCACUCAGGCUGGCAAGCCCAAAGGGCCAGGCCACACACAUUUGAACUCCAUCCGCAUUGAUGGGGAUAUCUCCUUAGGUGGGCUCUUCCCAGUACACGCCAGGGGCCACGAUGGCAAGCCAUGUGGGGAGCUGAAGAAGGAGAAGGGCAUACACAGACUGGAGGCCAUGCUCUUUGCUCUUGACCGCAUCAAUAAUGACAAUAAUCUGCUGCCUAACAUUACACUGGGUGCACGUAUCCUGGACACCUGUUCCAGGGACACUCACGCCUUAGAGCAGUCACUCACCUUCGUUCAGGCUCUGAUCGAGAAGGACGGGACAGACGUCAAGUGUCUGGGUGGCGGAGCGCCCAUCAUCACCAAACCUGAGAGGGUGGUGGGCGUCAUUGGAGCUUCCUCCAGCUCUGUAUCCAUCAUGGUGGCCAACAUACUGCGCUUGUUUAAGAUACCCCAGGUGAGCUAUGCCUCCACAGCUCCAGAGCUCAGUGACAACACCCGCUAUGACUUCUUCUCUCGCGUGGUGCCUCCAGACACCUACCAGGCCCAGGCCAUGGUGGACAUUGUCAAGGCCAUGCGCUGGAACUACGUCUCCACAGUGGCCUCAGAGGGGAACUAUGGCGAGAGUGGUGUUGACGCUUUCAUUCAGAAGUCUCGGGAGGACGGGGGUGUGUGCAUCUCCCAGUCAGUCAAGAUUCCUCGGGAGCCCAAGCAGGGAGAGUUUGACAAGGUCAUCCGGCGCCUCAAGGAAAACCCAAACGCAAGAGUUGUCAUAAUUUUCGCCAACGAAGAUGAUAUCAAACGGCUACUCCAUGCAGCUAAAAAGGCUAACCAGACCGGCCAUUUUAUCUGGGUGGGUUCAGACAGCUGGGGCUCAAAGAUCUCUCCAGUUGUGCACCAAGAGGAGAUGGCAGAGGGAGCAGUCACCAUCCUGCCCAAGCGCCAGUCCAUCAAAGGGUUUGAUCGUUACUUCAUCAGUCGAACGCUGGAAAACAACAGAAGGAAUAUCUGGUUUGCUGAGUUCUGGGAGAAUAACUUCAACUGCAAACUCAGCCGUCACGCCGUGAAGAAAGGGUCCGGGCUCAAAAAGUGCACAAAUCAGGAGCGAAUAGGGAAGGACUCCCAUUAUGAGCAGGAGGGAAAAGUGCAGUUUGUUAUUGAUGCUGUUUAUGCAAUGGCUCAUGCCCUGCACAACAUGCACCAGGAGCUCUGCCCAGGAAAAGUGGGUCUCUGUGCAAAAAUGGAUCCUAUCAAUGGCACCCAUCUGCUGAAGCACAUCCGCCGCCUUAACUUCGCAGGCAUAGCUGGCAACCCAGUUCUCUUCAAUGAAAAUGGAGACGCCCCUGGACGCUACGAGAUCUACCAGUACCAGAUCCGAAACCGAACAGCUGAAUAUAAAAUCAUUGGCCACUGGACAGAUCAACUCCAUCUUAACGUUCGUUCAAUGCAGUGGCCUGGUGGCAUUCGUCAGAUCCCUUCUUCAAUCUGCAGCCAUCCCUGUCAGCCCGGUGAGCGCAAGAAGAUCGUGAAGGGUAUCCCUUGCUGCUGGCACUGUGAGCGGUGUGAUGGCUAUCAGUACCAGGCGGACAACUACACGUGUAAGAUGUGUCGCUUUGAUUUGCGGCCCAAUGAGAAUCACACGGGCUGUGUUCCAAUUCCAAUUGUCAAGCUGGAGUGGAGCUCUCCAUGGGCAGUCAUCCCUGUGCUUAUUGCCAUCGCUGGCAUCAUGGCCACUUUGUUUGUGGUGGUCACGUUCAUUCGUUACAAUGACACUCCCAUUGUGAAAGCAUCAGGGCGAGAGCUGAGCUAUGUGCUGCUAACUGGCAUCUUCCUCUGUUAUGCCACAACGUUCCUGAUGAUUUCCACCCCUGAUGUAGGAAUCUGUUCCCUGCGCAGGAUCUUCUUGGGUCUAGGGAUGAGCAUCAGUUAUGCUGCCCUGCUUACCAAAACCAAUCGUAUUUACCGCAUCUUUGAGCAGGGCAGCAUGUCGGUGAGUGCACCCAGGUUCAUUUCUCCAGCCUCCCAGCUAGUCAUCACGUUCACCCUGGCCUCAGUGCAGCUGCUCGGUGUGUGCAUCUGGUUUUGUGUGGAUACCUCCAAGGCCAUCAUUGACUACGAGGACCAGCGGACAUCUAACCCGGUGCUGGCUCGUGGUUUGCUCAAGUGUGACAUCUCUGACCUGUCUCUGAUCUGUCUGCUGGGCUACAGCAUGCUGCUUAUGGUCACCUGUACAGUCUACGCCAUUAAAACCAGAGGGGUGCCGGAGACCUUUAAUGAGGCCAAACCCAUUGGUUUUACCAUGUACACCACCUGCAUUAUUUGGCUAGCAUUCAUCCCAAUCUUCUUUGGCACUUCACAGUCUACAGAAAAGUUGUACAUCCAAACAACCACGCUGACCAUCUCUGUGAGCCUGAGUGCUUCAGUGUCCCUUGGGUUGCUCUAUAUGCCCAAGGUCUACGUGGUUCUCUUCCACCCUGAGCAGAAUGUGCCCAAGCGCACACGCAGCCUCAAGGCUGUGGUUACUGCUGCCACCAUGUCCAAUAAGUUCAACCCCAAGGCUGGGCUCAGACCCAACGGAGAAGCCAAAACCGAGCUGUGUGAAAGCCUCGAAACACAAAAUUUCCCAACAAAGCAAACCUACAUCAGCUACAGCAACCAUGCAAUCUAAGGUAUGAAGGUUGUUAUCACAAUUCAGGAUUUCCACCUUGACAGAAAGAAAAGCAUGCAGUGGAAUUUCACUUACGGUCAGAAAAACGUGGACAUGUGAGUGUAUGGGUGGAGACCACAGAAGCAUUGCCAAAAGACAUAACAUGGCCAGGAGACACAGCAAAGUGAUGCAGGACAAAACAAGUGACCAGAACAGAAAACAGUAUAAUUAUAAGGUUCCAUCUUCUGUCUGCCUCACAAGAAUAAACACAAAAAAAGAAAAAUGAAAAAUAUUUGCAUGGCAGAGGCCUGGAGACUGAAGGAUGGAGCUUUCCUUUUGAGUGUUUACAUUUAAGCUAUGCCCUCGUUCUAAGACUUCUCUGUCACAUUGAGCAGCACUGACUGAAACUGAACUGAAAUCAAGAAUAUGUUCAGGUGUUCUUAAUGUCAUCUGCCAGUUUUGCUAACUGUAAUUAAUCUUAAAAUCCUCAAGGCAUCACAAGAGAUUAAUCAACACCAAAAAGGCAUGAAAACACGGUUCAUGGAUUUCAAAAAGGGUUUUGUGUUUGUUUUUCUUUAUAAAUGUGCUCUCAUGAGUCAAACAACUGGAAAUCUGAUCAUCUCAACAAUGCAACAGUUUUGUACCAGAAUCCAUGGGGGUUUUAUUUCCUCUUUCAGGUUUCUAUUGAGUUACUAAGGACUACACGUAUAGGAUGGUCUCUGCCAAUUUUGAGCAUGCCAGUUUCAACAUCCUGUGUUGUGUUGUUAAAAAGAGUUAAGAAAAAAAAUCUUUGGAAUGCAUUUAAACUCUGUUGCAGCGUUGUUAACAAUUGUUUGGGCCUGAGCCUAUUGUAUGUUAAAACCUGUUCUCAAAUGGUGAAGGUCUAGUGAGUGAUUGUUUUUCUGUGCUUAAGUGAGGCCAUGAUUUGUACUACCAGCUAGCCCAAGGCUGCCACUGCCCUCCGUGUACCUGUAUGUGCUUUGAAACAGUAGCUCCUGGUUAAAAUAAACAGUAUUUUAACCAGGAGAUUGUACUGUAAGCUCUCAUCCGAGAUGACCCUCCACAUCACUGCCACCAGCUACACUCUUGGUCACAUAUAGCAUAAGGGUAAAGCUUAACUGUACAGAUCCAUUAGGAGGGGAAUUAAGAUGAAGUUUGCCCUUGAGAGGAUUGUGCAAAAUGUCCUAAAGGUGAUAUCCAUAAUGGACCAUCUACAGAGAAAACGCGAUCACCAUACAUGUCCUCCUCAGGCACCCUCAUGAUAAGUAGGAGGGGACAGGAAGUUGUAAGGCUUUUCGACAAAUGAAAAUAUAAUUGCAAAAGUAUACAACAUGUCUAUCCAUCACCUUGAGCUCGCUGAACAGAUUAAUAGUUGGCUUCAAGCUGUAUAAAAGCCCUCUAAUGUCUUGGGGAAAACACUGUGGGGUCAUUUGUGUUGUGAAUUCAAUGCUGCUUUUCAUGCCUCCCUAUGUAUUUCUUUCAACACCAUUUGUGUUGCAGAAUAAAAUGCGAGUGCUGACCAAAUUAAAUGGCAAGUUAAUGUAUGUUAUUAAAUAGACUGAUGAUGUCUGCUUUAUGUUCUGACAUAUCGUAAAUUUGGGGAAAAAAGAUACAGUGCCUGGCUAUCUGACUAUGUAUUUGUAAAACCUCAUGAAAACUACUGAAGUGUG